CGUCCUCCUGCUGUCCCAGGCACUCACCAGAUGGCGCUUCGUCCUUCCACUGCUCCCCAGCGUGUCCCUCUCCCGUCUCCUCCUGCGUCCUCUCUUCCUGCUCUUGCUGACCCUGAGUCUGACUCCCUUCGUGCUACCAGUCCUACUGUCACGCGUCUCCUGGCUACUGUCGUCACUGACCCUUCCUUUGAGUCCACUGCUGCGUCUGCCUUAGUUGCUGAGCUUGUCGACUUUGCUGCCACUUGUCGUCUCGACUACGCCGCUAGCCUAGUUGCUGAGUCUGAGUCUGUCUGUCCUCCGUCCGUCGGGGGUGAGUGUGCUCUUGGCACGGACGUCCUUGAGGACAGGCAGGAGGAGUUUGAGUGCUUUGCCGCUACUUUGCCCCAUCUCGUGUCCAUGCUAGUUGCCCCUGAGGGAGACCCGGAUGCACCAGACAUCCCGACUCCUCGAUCGUACGCUGAGGCGAUCGAGGGUCCCUACUCCUCACAGUGGCAGUCAGCCAUGGACGCAGAGAUGGCUUCCUGGAAGUCCACAUGCACCUACGUCGACGAGGUUCCCCCACCUGGGGCGAACAUCGUCAGUGGCAUGUGGAUUUUCAGGGUGAAGCGGCCGCCGGGUUCUCCGCCUGUCUUCAAGGCGCGUUACGUUGCUAGAGGCUUCAGUCAGCGAGAGGGAGUUGACUUCUUCCAGACCUUCUCCCCGACCCCGAAGAUGACCACUCUUCGGGUACUGCUGCACGUCGCUGCUCAGCGUGACUACGAGCUCCACUCUCUUGACUUCAGCACUGCUUUCCUACAGGGCAGCCUGCACGAGGAGAUCUGGCUGCGCCGCCCACCUGGCUUCACUGGGUCGUUCCCUCCUGGUACCCAGUGGAGCCUCCGGCGGCCAGUCUACAGUCUCCGACAGGCGCCGCGUGAGUGGCACGACACACUGAGGACUACACUUGCGGCUCUUGGGUUCGCUCCCUCUACUGCUGACCCGCCGCUGUUUCUACGCACCGACACUUCGCUGCCGCCGUUCUACAUCCUCGUGUACGUCGACGACUUGGUCUUUGCCACUGCUGACACUGCGGCACUCGCUCACGUGAAGUCGGAGCUGCAGAAGAGACACACGUGCACAGACCUGGGUGAGCUGCGCAGCUAUCUUGGCUUGCAGAUCACCCGGGACAGAGCACGGCGCACCAUUACCUUGACUCAGUCACACAUGGUGCAGCAGGUCCUUCAGCGCUUCAACUUCACGUACUCCUCGCCUCAGGCCACUCCUCUGUCUACUCGCCACUCGCUCUCAGCUCUGCCUUCGGAUGAGUCCGUAGAGCCGAGUGGCCCGUACCCAGAGCUUGUCGGCUGCCUGAUGUACCUGAUGACCUGCACUCGACCUGACCUGGCAUACCCUCUUAGCAUCCUGGCACGCUAUGUUGCUCCUGGGAGACACCGACCAGAGCACAUGGCUGCAGCGAAGAGGGUUUUGCGCUACUUGUGCAGUACGUCGGGCAUGGGGCUCGUGCUUGGAGGGCAGAGUUCAGUGGUCCUCACUGGUCACGCAGACGCGUCUUGGGUUGACGACUUGGCUACACAGCGGUCGUCACAGGGUUACACCUUCAGCCUUGGUUCCGGCUCUGUUUCGUGGCGGUCUACCCGCUCGUCUUUUGUUCUCAGCUCCAGCUGUGAGGCUCAGAUCUACGCAGGGGCCAUGGCUGCACAAGAGUUACGCUGGCUCACCUACCUGCUGACUGACCUGGGAGAGCCUCGUUCUUCUCCAGUUCUGUACGUAGACAACAAGGCCAUGCUGGCCUUGUGUCGGGAGCACAGACUGGAUCACAGAACGAAGCACAUUGCUCUUCGCUACUUCCUUGCUCGUGAGCUGCAGCAGCGUGGUCAGCUGCGCCUUGCUUACGUGGCCUCUCGGGCCAACACCGCUGAUAUCUUCACCAAGGCACUUCAGCCUUGUGAUCAUCAGCGCUUUUGUACUAUGCUAGGUCUUGUGCCUACUUGGCCUCACUUGCUCACUUCUUGA